AACAAUCUUGGCAUUCCCUCCCUGGGCACUUGGCAGUGGCGAGCACACUUUACCCUCAAAUGAAUUGCAGGUUCAAACGUAUCUGCGUGUUCUGUGGCAGCAGCCCUGGCAAGAACCCCAGCUACCAGCGAGCUGCUCUUCAGCUCGCUCACCAACUGGUGGAAAGGAGCGUGGACUUGGUGUAUGGAGGAGGCAGCAUUGGGCUGAUGGGUUUGGUGUCACAGGCCGUCCGUGACGGAGGUCGCCACGUAUUAGGAGUCAUUCCCAGGACACUUACGCCAAGAGAGAUAACGGGAGAAACGGUGGGGGAGGUGCGAGCUGUAUCGGGAAUGCACCAACGCAAAGCCGAGAUGGCUCGACAAGCCGACGCAUGCAUCGCCUUGCCAGGUGGGUAUGGCACCCUGGAAGAACUAUUGGAAAUCAUCACCUGGGCUCAACUGGGAAUUCACGACAAACCAGUGGGCUUGUUGAACGUAGACGGCUACUACAACUCGUUGCUGUCAUUCGUUGACAAAGCCGUGGAAGAAGGCUUCGUCGCACCCGCUGCCCGUCACAUUAUUGUGUCUGCCCAAACUGCCCACGACCUAAUGUCCAAGCUCGAGGAAUACACUCCCCAGCACCACGGGGUGGCCCCUAGGCUUGGCUGGGAGACGGAGCAACACUUGGUUUACACUGCAAAGUCAGACAUCUCGCGUUGACCAAACACACAAACAUGCAGCAUCCUAGACGUCAACUCCACGCAGUAGUCCCCACAGUUCUUCUUCUGUUGAUUAGCUGUGGAUUCCUUGCCGCUUUUAAGAUACAAGAUUAAAUGUGUGUGUGUGUGUGUGUAAUGUCCUCUGUUCUCUUUUUUCCUGCUGUGAUUUGGGACCGAUGAAGCAGAAUCAGAAGGGGAUGAUUCACUGUGCGCUGGAAUCUGCCACAUGAAUAAAAUCAAUCAAUAGUGGAGGAAUUUUUCAUGAUAUGGUGCAUGACUGUUAUAAUAAAUGAAGUUGAAUAAGGCUCUUAAUUAA